AAGAGGUGCCCUGUGGGGGAGAGUGUAACUGGUUCUCCUUGGGGUGACAGUGAAGGCCGAGAGGUGGCAGGAGCUCCAUUUCAGGGGAAAUUUUCCCCUUGCACAAAAGAACUCCCAGAUUAAGAGCAAAAAGCGCCUCACAAACUGCAACCAUGAACGGGACAGAAGGCCAAGACUUCUACGUGCCCAUGUCCAACAAGACCGGGGUGGUGCGGAGCCCCUUCGAGUACCCCCAGUAUUACCUGGCUGAGCCUUGGAAGUUCUCGGCGCUGGCUGCCUACAUGUUCAUGCUGAUUCUGCUCGGCUUCCCCAUCAACUUCCUCACGCUGUACGUCACCAUCCAGCACAAGAAGCUCCGGACACCUCUAAACUACAUCCUUCUGAACCUGGCCAUCGCCAACCUCUUCAUGGUAUUCGGAGGCUUCACCACCACUAUGUACACCUCCAUGCAUGGGUACUUUGUCUUUGGAGUAACAGGGUGCUACAUUGAAGGCUUCUUUGCCACACUGGGCGGUGAAAUUGCUCUCUGGUCACUGGUGGUCCUGGCUAUCGAAAGAUACGUAGUGGUCUGCAAGCCCAUGAGCAACUUCCGCUUCGGGGAGAACCAUGCCAUCAUGGGUGUUGCCUUCUCCUGGAUCAUGGCCUUGGCAUGUGCAGCUCCCCCACUUUUUGGCUGGUCCAGGUACAUCCCCGAGGGCAUGCAAUGUUCGUGCGGGAUUGACUACUACACUCUGAAGCCAGAGGUCAACAACGAAUCUUUUGUCAUCUACAUGUUUGUGGUUCACUUCGUGAUCCCGCUGUCGAUCGUUUUCUUCUGCUAUGGGAAUCUGGUUUGCACUGUCAAGGAGGCUGCCGCCCAGCAGCAGGAGUCUGCCACCACCCAGAAGGCAGAGAAAGAAGUGACUCGCAUGGUCAUCAUCAUGGUCAUCGCCUUCCUGAUCUGCUGGCUCCCCUAUGCUAGUGUCGCGUUCUACAUCUUCACUAACCAGGGCUCAGACUUUGGGCCCAUCUUCAUGACCAUCCCGGCGUUCUUUGCCAAGAGCUCGGCCAUCUACAACCCUGUCAUCUACAUCGUAAUGAACAAACAGUUCCGUAACUGCAUGAUCACAACCCUCUGCUGUGGCAAGAACCCACUGGGUGACGAGGACACAUCUGCUGGCAAGACAGAGACCUCGUCCGUCUCCACCAGCCAGGUCUCUCCUGCAUAGGCCCCCUGGGAGCAGCAGUCCCUGGGGUGCUGCCCUGGCAGCACAAACUUAACCCCACCGCCACCACCACCUGCCCCUGCUUCACCAUGGCCAAGGCCCCGUGGGGCGGCUCCUCGCUCCUGGCUCUAGGAACCCUGGGAACAAGGCUGAAAAUGUGUACACAUGUUUUGUAAUUAAAAUGCAAAGGCUUAGCUCAUCUGGCA